UCAUGUGUAUUAGUAUUGGUGUUGCUUGGUUUGCUUGCUUGCUUUCUUUACUUUGCUUGAACUCGCGUCGUCGGUCGAUUGGAUUGUUUAUCUGAAAGAACACUUAACCCUAUAAAAACAGAUUUGAUAAAUAAACUCAAGUGCUCUCAAUGAAGCAAUAAUAACCAGUAACUGUGCCAAUAUCGGAAAGGAUUUAAGAAAUAUGUGAAAGUGACAGUCGCUGAUCGACUUGGUUUUUUGUGAUUAUAAUGUAAUUUCGCAUAUUUUCAAGUACCUCCAGUUAGUUUUGUGCAACUUUGGAAAUGUUUCGUUUAGGGUAUCUUCCGUGCAUAGAGGAUACUUGAUCGCGGACAGUAUGUUCGAUGCGGGAUAAAUGUGGUGAAUAGCAUUAUCAUCUGCUAACUCUAUAAUGCAACAAGAGAGUUUGCCGGACGGGAGCAGAGGCAGGUUCGAGAGGAGGAAGCCAACGAAGGUUCUGAAGAUAGCGGAGAGUUUCACGAACUUGGAUGAGACCGCGAAGGCUGGCCGUUAUGUGCGCGGUCCGCAUUCGAAGUCGGGCCGUAGGUAUCGCGAUGAGAACGGUGAAAGAACGAAGCGUGCGAUGUGUUGUGAUGAGGAAUGUGAUAAGGAGUCCAGUGUUAGUGAGGAGUGCGAGAGACUUGGAGACAGGAGGGUGACGGGAUCCUCGUGCACAGCUCUCAGGACUGCUGUGGCGGCACUAUAUCCCUUUGAUGACUUCGUCUUGGAGAAGAUUGGGACAGGAUUCUUCUCUGAAGUUUUCAAAGUGACCCACAAAACGUCAAGCAAGGUGAUGGUGCUCAAGAUGAACCAGCAGAGGGCGAACCGGCCCAACAUGCUCCGGGAAGUACAGCUCAUGAACAAACUCAAACACCCCAAUAUACUCGGGUUCAUGGGCGUGUGCGUUCACGAGGGCCAGCUGCACGCGCUCACCGAGUACAUGGAGGGGGGUUCCCUGGAGCAGGUAAUCCUCGGCCGACCACCGGAGCCGCUGCCGCAGUCGCUGAGGAUAUCUCUGGCUGCCGACGUCGCCGCCGGCAUGGAGUACCUCCACGCGCUCGGAGUAUUCCAUAGAGACCUUACCGCUAAGAAUGUAUUAUUAAGAAGACACGACGAAGAAACGUAUAUGGCUGUGGUAGCAGAUUUCGGUUUAGCGGCCAAGAUUCCGCAUCCUGUCAAUGGCUACCGGCUGCCAAGCGUGGGUUCGCCGUGGUGGAUGUCCCCGGAAUGCCUGCGCGGGCGCUGGUACGACCACCGCUCAGACAUCUUCUCCUACGGGAUCAUACUGUGCCAACUCAUCGCCAGGGUGGACGCCGACCCGGACGUGUUACCGCGCACGGACAACUUCGGCCUCAACUACAUGGCGUUCGUGGAGCUCUGCGACGAGACCACCGUGCCCGACUUCCUGAGGCUCGCGUUCAACUGCUGCAUCUACGAGCCGAAGGCGCGCCCACUAUUCCCGGAAAUAGUGAGCAAGCUCGCCGAGGUGAAGGAGGGGCUGGACGAGGCCGCCUGGGGCUGCCACACGCCCAACAACUCGCUCGAGAGCGAGGAGGAGCCGUCGGGCCCGCGGUCGUGCCCCGGGCUGCUGGGCUGGCGGCGGCCCCUGCGUUACCGCUCCGAGGGCAGCCCGCAGCCGCAGCAUAACAUCCACGAGCCACUGCACCACCGGCGCUCCCUGUCGGAGCUGGAGUGGGUGUCGGCGGAGGCGGAGGCGGACGGCGUGUCGGCGCCGCACCGGUCCGCGUCGGCGCUGGGCGGCGUGGCGCGCGCGGCGCCUCCGCGGCUGGCGCGGCUGCUGCGCCUGGCGCACAUCAUGCUGCUGCGGGACGCGCACGCGGCGCCGCACCCCGCGCGCACGCCGCUGCACACGUACCGCGGCGUCAAGAAGAUCCUGCCGCCGCACUCCCGCGCCGGCGGCUUCUCCUCCUGCGCGGAGCUGCCUUCGCCGCUGCUGCGCCUCGGCGACGCGGAGCCCGGCCUCUCCGACGACGAGCCGCGCUGCGCCUCGCUGCCGCCGUCGCCGGGACUGAGCCGCCGCGCCAGCCCCGAGCGCGGGCCGCGGGCGCCGCGCGCGAGGCCCGGCCGCAGCGGCUCCAGCGGGGAGCUACGCCGGCGCGGCUCCUGCGAGAGCGGGAUCUUCUCGGUCGCGAACGAGGACUUCUGUCCGCAGCAUCCCGACGCCGAAUGCUUCUACGGCGCGAUGUGCCCGUGUUCGCUAAUGGGCUGCCACAGGUGCUGGUGGUGGCAGCGCGACGCCUCCGACGUCGACGACGAGUUCGACGAGUCUAGUCGAGAGACCGACGCGGAAUCCGAUUGCGGUCGACCGCGGCUCCGGAUGUGCUCCGAUUGUUUGUUGAUAUACGAUAAAUUGUUCAAUGCGAGGUCGACCCGACAGCGACCCCCGCCGCAUACUUCGAGCCCCUAUUUGUUAGACGAUUCCGCGCUGUCGACGACCCCGGUCAACUCCCUCCGAAGCCUCGAAGAGCCAGAGGAAUCCCCCGCCCGAGACGAAGCAACAAGAAAAAUGUCUCCAGAUCAGUCCUCGCCGUUCCUAUGCGGUAGAUUAGACUCGUCCAGACUAGACUCGGACGGAGAGACGCCCGAACCGGGGGAAAAGGUUAAAGAAUACCACGUGCUGACCAGGUGUUGCUGUGCCGGCCGCGCCAAGUGCCCCGGCGGCUGUAUAUCCCACGCGCCCCUCGAUGACGCGGAGCUGGGAUACACCCUCCGCGGCCCCCUUGCCCCGCCUCUGCUGACUGGCAAGAGAACCUCUUCAGUUUACACAGACAGUUCGGAAGAUGUCGCUUCCCUCGCCGGCUCCGACAGCUUAUACUGUGACGAUAGAAUCCCAAGACACGUCCGCUCCGCGCAGAUCUCCAAAAUCGUAGAAUAUUUCGAGCGAAAGGGCGCCGACUUUAAAUGUGAAAGAUCCCUAAAAGGCCAUUCGAGGUUCAAAUUAAAUGGGAGCAAAAUAGAGAUGUUGCAGUUUGGGAGGGGGAAAGAAGGCGAGCGGGGGGAGAAGGAGUAUUUCGUUGAUGUGAAGCACCGCGGGGGGGCGGGGGCGAGUCGGCUGUGUGAAUUAGUGGACGAGGGGUGCGGGAGGAAGUGUCUGGCGCAGCAGCGGCUGAUGAUCUGCGAGGGCGCAGUCAAGUCCAAGCUGCCGCUGUUUGACAAGAAGUCGUAGCGAACGGCGUCGCGCGUCGCGGACACACGCGACUAACAUUAGCAAGAUAUCUUGCCUUCCCUCUUAUUCUUGACAAAGUUAAAAUAUCGUAAAGAGCGAUAAUUACAAAACAUAUUUUAGCUUAAAGUAUGCUUUAACUUUUUUCUGAAUAAGAGGCUUAACCCCUAAUCGCCUUAUUAAUGAUAUUUUUAUUCUGUGAUAGGGCUUGGAAAUUAUUAUUCUUUGUUCUAUCCUUUCUUUUCAAUAUUUAAAAUUGAAACAACGAGAUAAAACAAAGAAUUAUUUCGAGCCUAAUCGGAGAAAACAUUUCAAUGAAUGAGGGGGUUAUGGUUUAAGCGAAGGCAUAAAUUCUUGCUAAUCUCGAUAAUUCACUUUAUCGAUCAAGACUGAUUCCCAAAGGCUCGCCCGAGCCGAGUGCAAUAGUGUUUUUAAGACAUGUGUCAAAAGAUUCGUGACUUCCAUAGUGUUACACAAAUAUAGAUAUGUUUACUUAAAUAUUAUAUGCAAAGCAAUAAUCAUAUUUACUGUAUUUAUUUCGUAAACGCAAAAUUAUACUUACUCUGACAAGUUCUUAAAAUAAUAUCUACAAAACAGUUUGGUUAAAUAUACUUACUUCACUAAAUAAGCAGUAAUUUAGCCAUGCAAAUUUAAUGUCGGCCGUAAGACGUAAAGAGAUGAAUUAAUUUAGCCGAACUGGCAUGGUCUCGAUAGCUCAGUGGUCAAGAGCACUCUCCCGGAUAGACAGAGGCGCGGGUUCUUUUCUCGCUCGAUUCCAGAAUUUUUUCAUCUCAUUAUUAUUUUCAAAAAUAAUGCAAAUUCUGUUUCGAAUCUAAAACACUUUGUUUCGUGGAUACAACUUUUUCAUAUAGAUUUGUCAAUAACUUGUUUGUAUAAUCAAAAUAUUGGAAUUCUGCUAUUGUGAUUUAAAUUUCUCCCGUCCCUUUAUAAUAAGAUAGUUUGAUUUUCAAAAAAGGAUCAAUUCUGAAUUGUAUUUGAAGAAUUGUUUUUUAAAUCAUACCUACUUCCCGUUAUUGUCAUAUUUUUCAAUCACAAAUCGAAAAUAUUUAUUUUAAAAAUCAAAACCGAGAGUUAUUAUAUGUAUAGAUGCGAUUGUAAAAAUUCCGUAUUUGCAAUCGAAUAAGGCUCGUGUCAGUAGAACACAUUAAUUUCGACGACAAUAUUUUUUAUCACGAACUCCUUAUUAAAAACGAUACUCCGAGUACUUAUUGAUAAAUUUUACAAAAAAAAAAAUCAAAGAGAAUCUAUGAAAAAUACGGUGUGAAGUCAUUUUUGAAACAUUAAUUUAUAAUAUGUACUUGGAGGGAAAUAUUUAAAAAGUAUUCUAUAGUUUAUUCUCACUACUGGAAUAAACGGCGUUUGUUUUGGGUUAUAAGUAUAAAGUUUGUAUAGUUGGUCGUGUGAAUGAACUCAUAGAAAUAUUAUAGGAGAACAUCUGUAUACAAAGAAGGCCUAAGGCGUCGACUGCGUUACGAAUGAUCGUAAAUAUUCAUCCUCUCUCAGCCAAAUAUCUUACGCGUAAAGGAGAUACCAGAAUCGCCUAUUUCUGUCGACCUGACUCAUUUUAAUUUAAAGCCAUCCUGUGUCCACCAAAGUUAACGUGUAUGACAGAGACAGCCUCAACACGCGUGAUGUCACGCAGUAGACGCUCUUCUCGAUCCAACAGAGUUAGCUAAUUUUUAAGUUUCGUUUAUACCAAGCGAGGGAAUGCGAUGCGCAUUUUAUCUCUCGAUGGACUCUGUUCACUGUCUGGCCACAGACUAUGGCCAGGCACUGGUGUAUCAAUUGAUUGAUUGAUGGAACAUUCGCUCGUAUGAUAUAAACGCAUCCUUAGAGAAAUGAUAGAAGUAAAUUCCGUUGUUAGUAGCCAAUGUUUGUGAAAGUGGUCUGAAAGCUAGGAAAACCCUGGUAGUCCAGUAAUAGUUAUGUUAUUUCACUAAUGUAUAAAAAAUACGUCCUGUAAAUAAAUAGAGUAUACUUAAAACUAUAAUUUAUAUACAGUAUUAUAUUUAGUACUUGCCAGUUGAUUAAUUUAAGUGUACAUAUGUUUCUUUUUAAAUAAAUAUAUGUUUUAUUACUAGCGGCAUAAUAAUUUUGUAUUAUGAUAUGAAAAUAAGAACUGAUGUUAAGUGUAGCCAAUUAGGUAAUAAUAGAAGGUUAUACCGUUGGAAAUGAGCUAGGUUAAACGUUGAAUUUUGUUGCUUACGUUUAUUAAUAGUCUCCAUUAAUAGGCAUUUUUUACUGUCUUCAAUUUUAUGUACAUAAAGAUAAAGACCGAUCACUAUCAUAAGUUAUAAUAGCCUACACUGCCAGUCCUAGGCUGUCAGAGACCAUCUCAAAAACGCAAGUCGAAAUAUAUAUAGCACAUUAUACUUCCUUCUGCUUUAAUCAGAGGUAAAAUUAAACCAUUAUAUUUAGUCGAUUUAAUAUAAUACAAAACUAUUUUCUAAA